UUCUCUACUCAGAUCAUCUUCCUCUUCCUUCUCUGUUUUCUUUCAACUCUCACGACCUUAAUCUUCACCUGAAACUGAGAAUUAUAUCAAUGGCCAACACUAGCGAAGUGUCUUCUGCACUUUGGUUCAUCGAGAAGCAUCUUCUUGACGUGGCUUCUCCCGUGGCUACAGAUCGACGGACGAUACACGAAUCAGCAUCAACUGAAUCUAGCUCCGAUUCUUCUUCCAUCAUCUUCAGAUCAUCAUCAUCUCCAGUUGAUUUCUCUGAAUCAGAGAUCAAACCUGAAAUCAUCGAUCUCUCCACGCCGAGAUUCAUGGAUUUGAUUUCGACUCCGUUUGAAUUCGACACGCACGUUUCUGUUUCUGAUUUCGAUUUUAAACCAACAUUUCAAACCGGAAAUCAAUUUGAACCGGAAUUUAAAACUCAAAUCCCUUGUACCUCCUCAGACGAUUCACAUUCCAACCGUAAACCGCCACUGAAGAUCUCCGUACCAACCAAAACCGAAUGGAUUCAAUUUAAUCCGCAACCGGAAGUUACUAAACCGGUUCAACCGGAGGCGGAAGAGCAAAGGCAUUACAGGGGAGUGAGACAAAGGCCAUGGGGGAAAUUCGCGUCGGAGAUUCGAGACCCGAACAAACGCGGAUCUCGCAUUUGGCUCGGGACGUUUGAUACCGCGAUUGAAGCGGCUAGAGCUUACGACGAAGCGGCGUUUAGACUGCGAGGAUCGAAAGCCAUUCUGAAUUUCCCGCUCGAGGUCGGGAAGUGGAAGCCACGCUUCGACGACGCCGACGGUGAGAAGAAACGGAAGAGAGACGAAAUCGACGAUGAAGAUGUGGCGGUGGUAGAGAAGGUGUUGAAGACGGAACAAAGCGUUGACGGUAACGAGGCUUGUAAGUUGACGGAGUUCUGCGAUUGGGACUUAACGGGGUUUCUUAACUUUCCGCUUUUGUCGCCGUUAUCUCCUCAUCCAUCGUUUGGUUAUUCGCAGUUGACCGUUGUUUGAGUUUUGUUUUCUUUCUUCUAAUUAAAGUGUUGGCGGUGGUGUGCAGUGCAUGCUAACCACAGACGUCAAUACAUGUGUUCAUAUUUGUUCAUUCUUUCUUCAUACUACAAUAAUAAUACUAAUUUAUUUCA